AUCAAGAGAUGAUUUUAUCAAAGACAAAAAAAAAAAAAAAAAAACAGAGAAAAACAAAGAUGAACACUCAGAAUCCAAAUUCAGAACCUGAAGACAGUCAUCACUUACUGUCGAAGACAAAUGUUGUUCCAAAGCUUCUGAAGAAAUCGGCAGGUGAAGCAUCUUGUUGCAUCUUCAGAGUUCCCGACAGCCUCGCCCGUAACAAUCACAUGGCUUAUCGUCCGAAGAUCGUUUCGAUAGGUCCUUACCACCACGGAGAGAAACAGCUCGAGAUGAUUCAGGAGCACAAACAUCGGUUCUUGGAGUUCUUCGUAUCCAAAUCUCGGAAAAAGGGUAUGAGUCGGCAAGAUUUGGUUGCUUCAGUAUCAGAUCUUGAAGAACAGAUAAGGGGUUCUUAUUCCGAGAAUCUCACGGAUUUUGAUACUGAGAAUCUGAUCAAUAUGAUGGUUCUUGAUGGUUGCUUCGUUCUCACGUUGUUCUUGGUCGUUGCGGGGAAAGUUCGGUACAGCGAAAUCAACGAUCCGAUUUUCAGAAUCCCGUGGCUUCUGCCCGCUAUUCGGACAGAUCUUCUCCUGUUGCAAAACCAGGUUCCGUUCUUUCUUCUUCAAACUCUAUUCGAGAAAUCGAAGUUGGUUUCACCAAGUACCGGAUUGAAUGAGAUUGCCUUUGUAUUCUUUGGAUAUUCAAUCGAAAGACCAGAAGAGUUUUGGUCAAGACAUCACAAUCUCGACGCGAAACAUCUUCUUGAUCUGAUUCGCAAAACUUUCAUACCCUUUUCAUCUGGAGAUAAAAAACCGGAACAUAGCUGUGUCAGAAUCGUUCGUGAUUCCAAGGAGGAAUCUGAAACAGAAACUCCAAAAGACUGUUGUUUCAAAAGAAUCUGCGGUUCCAAGGGAGAAACAUCAUCGGAUGCUCGCCCUUUUCUCAGAUUAAUUCUAUCUGCAAGAAAGCUUCAUCUCCGGGGAAUAAAAUUCAGGCCGAAGAAGAACGCUGACACAUUAUUGGACAUCAGAUACAAUAACGGUGUUCUUGAGAUACCUCCAUUACUAGUGGACGACUUUAUCAGCUCAAUGCUCCUUAACUUUGUUGUAUUUGAGCAGUUCAAUACAGAUACCACAAGCCACAUUACUAGUUACGUAGCUUUCUUAGGAUGCCUUAUAAACACCGAGGCCGAUGCAACGUUCCUAACCGACAGAGGGAUCAUAGAGAACUAUUUCGGGUCGGAGGAUGAAGUCUCGGCAUUUGAAUCUGAAAUGCAUCGGAAUGUCAAACGUAAUCAUAGAGAGUUAGGACUACUGGAAGUGUUUGAAGGAAUUAACGAGUAUACUUCGAAAGGGUGGCACGUAAGCUGGGCGGAGUUCAAGUUCACUCAUUUCUAUAGCCCGUGGACGUGCAUAUCGUCUUGCGCUGCAUUAACGCUUCUUCUCCUUACGGUGAUCCAAGCCUUCUUUGCAGCCUAUAGUUAUUUCCGUCCUCCGAAAGGGUAGUGAACAGUUCGGUAUGAAACCCUAUGUGUGUGUGGUGUUGCAGCUUUGGUCGGUCCAAGGCAGAAACCUAUACGUUUAAGGAUUGCAUUGUUCUUGAUUGGAUUUCGCCCAUAGGCCAAAGGGUGUUCUCUCGAUUGAUCAGAGAACUGUAGAAACAGAUUCUUAAUUAGAUCUUAUUCUCCAUGGUGGAAGAAGAUGCGAAUCUCUUCUCCCCGCUCUUGAUCAUGUAUGUAUGCUUCUUUUUUUUUUUUAAAGUUCACCCUUUUUUUUAUCUUGGCCUAGUGAUUGUAAAGUGGGUCUUUGUGGUUUAAUGUUUUGUUAACAUUUGGGCUAUCAGCAGCUCAUGGAAAAAGCUUUCAGAUUUUGGUUUA